AUGAGCAUCUCGGACAGCGACGACGAGCCUAUCACACUCUCCUCGCACGCGUUGGCGGCGCUGGUCGAAUUCAAGGCCGAGGAGGACGCCCGUCAGAAGGAGUUUGAGAGACUGCAGGAGCUGGCUGAAGCGAACGCAGCCAAGAAGGCGCCGAUAUCCAUGACGGCGUUCAUGGAGGACUGGAACAAGUCGCAAUUUUGGUACUCCGACGAGACGGCGGAUUUCUUCGCGAGGCAACUUCUCGAGGGCGCUGAUGAGGACACCACGAUUGCUAUGGUGUCUGCGCCCAGCGUGUUUGUUGCCCUGCAUAACAUUCUGACUGCGCGAGACGAGAGCGAAGCUCGGCCAAAGGUGUUUCUUCUGGAGCACGACCUGCGCUUCAAUGUCUUCCCCGAAUUCGUUUUUUACGACUUCAUGCAGCCCUUCAAGCUUCCAGGCGAGCUCAAGGGCAGUGUAGACCGCAUCAUCGCCGACCCGCCCUUCCUGAGCGAGGACUGCCAGACGAAGACCGCGAUGACGGUCCGGUGGAUGAUGAAGCCAGACGCCGCCCUCAAGGGCCGCGUCAUCGUCAGCACUGGCGAACGCAUGGCAGAAUUGGUGAAUAAGAUAUACAAGCCCGUCGGCGUCAGGACAGUCACAUACGAGCCGAGCCACUCGCGGGGGCUCAGCAACGAGUUCUACUGUUAUGCAAACUUUGAGUGCAGAGACUGGACAUGGCGGGAGGCGACGUUGAGAUAA